CCAUAACAGUUCAAGUAUGAAACUAAAAAAACUAGAACAACUCACCUCUGUUUUCUUGAUCCUUUUAACUCAUUUUUUUUUCUUUGUUUUGCUAUGAAGAAGAUGCCAAAGUUAAACAAACUCUCUGCACAUAACAUAACCGUUGUUUGACCUUUUAACACUUGUCUAUAACUUUCUGAUCAUUUCACCAACUUGUUUUCCUUAAAUACCCCAAAUUUUCUAAGUUUUAUUCAUUACUUCUUUCAUUCAUUUGCUUCUGUUUCUCCAUUAUUCAGCUUUCUUUGUUUCAUCUGUUUCUUGAUUUCCCGGUGGUACGAUGAUGUCUCAGGCAGCUAUUAUUCCAACACCAAUGGCAUCACAUGAGAAAAUUGUGAAUGAUCCAACUCUCUUCAUGGAGUGCCUCAAGAAUUUUCACUCUGUUUUGAGUACAAAGAACACGAUUCCUGUGAUUGGAGGAAAGGAGCUUGAUUUGCAUGUCUUAUAUGUUGAGGUGACAAAAAGGGGUGGCUUUGACAAGGUUGUAGCUGAGAAGAAAUGGAGAGAAGUGAGUUCUGUAUUUAGCUUUUCUCCAACCACAACAAGUGCUUCAUAUGCAUUGAGGAAACAUUAUUUCACUUUGCUUCAUCACUUUGAACAAGUUUACUUCUUCAGGCAUAAUUUUCCAGGAUCAAGGUGUUUCCAAGCAGAAGGGACAAUUGAUGCCAAAUUUGAUUGUGGUUAUUUUGUGUCCAUGAAAAUGGGAUCUGAAGUUCUUAGUGGAGUACUUUAUCAUCCCCACCAACAAGCUCCAUCAUCUUCUUCAAAAUUAGCUGCACAAAAUUGCAAUGCGGUUGUACCUUACAAUGCACCACGUCACCACCAUACUGGGCGGAGGAACAGGAGGAGGAAAAAUGGUGAUCCUAAUCACCCAAAAGCUAACAGGAGUGGAUACAACUUCUUCUUUGCGGAAAAACAUGCCAUGCUCAAAUCUCUUUAUCCGCAUAAAGAGAGGGAAUUCACAAAAAUGAUUGGAGAAUCUUGGAAUAAUCUUUCUCCUGAGGAAAAAAUGGUCUAUCAAAACUAUGGAGUGAAAGACAAGGAAAGGUACCAGAAGGAACUGAAAGAGUAUAAAGAAAGAAAGAUGACCGAAUCAGCUUCCUACUAAAGGUGAUCGACUGGCAGAAGAAAAAGAGAAGGAGAAUAGUCUUGACAUCAACUUGUAAAUUGUUGUAUCGUAGUGUAGUUUCAAAGCUGUAGCUUAUUCUGAGGAUCAAAACUUUGUUAUAACUUAUGUAGGAUAGUUCAAAACUAUUUUCCAAGUGAAGUUUCUCAAAACAUUUGUUUUC